AGCACCGAGAAGUGCGAAUUACGUUCACCGUUCGUGUUCGACCCGUUAGGCGAUCAUUCGUAGUUCGAUCUCCGCCGCGAUCGGUUGUAAGUUGUUUGUGCCAAACAAACAGAACGGAAAGCGAGUGGAAUUCGGUCACCGUGUCUUCAAAUUUAUGGGGAAAAACUUUCACCUUCCGAAUUACGGUGGAGAGCUAUCAUUAUAUAGAUUUCGUGUGAGGAUUGGUCGGAUGGGAUUCAAGGCGUAACACCGAGGAAGCAGUGUAUCGUCCUGUCGGUCUAGCUGGUAUCAUUCGCAACCUUUGGACAGGCUGACCUCGAUUGGACGUUGAAUCGAUCUGAUCAGAACCGGCUUGUGUUCGUGUUCUCAAUCGGUUGGAUAGAACAAAAGGAUCCUUGGAAGAAUCUGUCUGGUGAUUGAUAACGAUUGAUAGGGGGAAAGUUCAACUUCAAAAGAUGAUUGAAGAGUGAAGUGAAGGCAGUGUUUCGAAAGAGUUGUGUGAAGCAGCAGGAAGAAUUGUUUACCUAACUCGAAGCCCCAUUGGUCAUUGCUUGGUGGCUUGUGAAUUGUAGAUACGUACGUACCUACCUACCGACGACGAGGGGCGGUGUGAAAAUCGUGUUUCAAGUUUCGAAAAAAAAACGCGAAGCCGAGAUCAUCAACGCCCGAAGAGGAUGGAAUCUCUGAAGAACAGUGAAACCAAUGCUGCAGCUGAAGCGGCGGCCAGCAGUGCUGCGUCUGCGGCGUCCCACGUCAAGGACGAGGCCAAGAAGAACAUGGACUUCAUUAUGAAGAAUCUACUGGCUGGAGGUGUCGCCGGGAUGUUCUCCAAGACGGCAGUGGCUCCGCUGGACCGGAUCAAAAUUCUGCUGCAGGCGCACUCGAUCCACUACAAACAUCUGGGCGUGUUCAGUGGGCUGAAGCACAUCGUCAAGAAGGAGUCCUUCUUUGCGCUGUACAAAGGCAACGGUGCCCAGAUGGUGCGGAUAUUCCCGUACGCGGCGACGCAGUUCACGGCAUUCGAGGUGUACAAAAAGUAUUUAGGCAAAAUAUUGGGCACAAAUCUGCCGAUCAAGCAUGCGGACAAGUUCGUGGCUGGUGCCGGCGCCGGUGUCACAGCCGUUACCCUGACCUACCCGCUCGACACGAUACGUGCCCGUUUGGCAUUCCAGGUUACCGGAGAGCACCGGUACAACGGAAUCCUGCACACCGCCAGCUCCAUUUUCAAGACUGAAGGCGGCUUCCGGGCCCUGUACCGAGGCUUCGUACCCACCCUCAUGGGUAUGGUUCCGUACGCGGGCUUUUCCUUCUACUGCUUCGAGAUGCUUAAAUUCGUCUGCAUGAAAUACGCCCCCGGGCUGACGUGCGACAGGUUGGAGAGAAAUACAGGUGGGCUCGUUCUGGCGGUGCCGGCUAAACUUCUGUGCGGUGGAUUUGCGGGAGCAGUUGCACAAUCCUUUUCCUACCCCCUGGACGUGACCCGACGGCGGAUGCAGCUUGCCAUGAUGAACCCGGAGACGGCGAAGUUUGGGAGCAUGGGAAUGUUCCGCACCCUGGCCAUUAUCUACAAGGAGAAUGGCAUCAUGAAGGGCCUGUACCGGGGUAUGUCGAUCAACUACCUGCGGGCGAUCCCGAUGGUGGCCGUAUCGUUCAGCACGUACGAACUGAUGAAGCAGACCCUGAACAUGGACACGGGCAUGAAGGUUUGAACGCCCACCCACGGCAUCAGAGCGCAAAUCCGGGAGACUACAUGGGAGCGCGUGCGACGGUGAGAAUGGAGAAUCGACGGAUGGUGUGUCCGGUGUGUGAGCGAGUUGGAGAGGCCGAGUUCUACGAUAACUACUGCGGGACCUACUUUAGAAAUGUGAGGGAGUUGUGCUAGAAUAAGGAGGAUAGAGAACGAUUAGCGCAAUUACAAUGCAACGUAAAUAGGAAGUGCAUUUUGGAGCUGGAUCAAAUCCUUGUGUUAGUCUUGUUUUGUCUAUCCUUCCGUAAUCAUCUGCCAGUGUAUUUAUUUUUUAGUUCUGAUCGUUCUCUUUGUUCUCUUUUGUAUUCAAUUGUGUAAUGUAAAUUGUUAGACUAGACAAGUUUCUCGAAACAACAGGGACUUGAGAGUUUCAGUUUCGGUAGUUUUCAAAUACAGUAGAACAAGGGUGGUGUAGGAACAAUUUGAUUAGAAGAAGUCUAAAAGUACUUAAAUUUAGUAGUUUAUGAAAUAGUUAAAUUAGGCGUUAAUUGGAAUCGAAAUAAUUUUAUGAUCAGGAAAAUUCUUCAGGCUUUAUCACAUCCGAUAGAUAGAGUUUAUUCUUGAAAGAACAUCAUUAGUAAAAGUAUGUCUUUUAUCGAAUGGUAACUUGCAUCACCAGAAAAUCCGUGACAUUUUUUUUUCUCAGUAUAGGAUAUAUUACUGAUUAGAAGCCACUCAAUUUAGGUGUAUUUUACAAAACUGUUUUAAUAGGAAGAUUAUAUUUUAUUCUCAUUGUUGACAAUUAUGAAUUUAUCAUUCACUCCUAUAUAGAAAAAUACAGCGACAACAAAGACACAGAUUUGUAAAUACUUGAUCAUGAAAAGGAGCGAAUUUUGGAUAAUAAAAGGGCUUUCAGCUUAUUUUGUUACAAA